UUGUGGCACAGUCAUUGAUUUAGACAGUUCUUUUGGUUUCUCUGAAUAAAAUAAUGGCUGCAUCUCAGAAAUGUCUUGGGAAAGGAAGUCCUGCUCCUGGUCCAGUGCCAAAGGACCAUAUUCGGCUCUACAGCAUGAGAUUCUGCCCGUUUGCCCAAAGAACCAGAUUGGUGCUCAAUGCCAAGGGAAUAAAAUACGACACCAUCAACAUCAAUUUGAAGAACAAACCUGACUGGUUUCUGGAGAAGAAUCCCCUUGGUUUAGUGCCAGUGCUGGAGACUCAGAGUGGUCAGGUGAUCUACGAAUCUCCAAUCACCUGUGAGUACCUGGACGAGGUCUAUCCUGAGAAGAAGCUGCUCCCGUUUGACCCGUUUGAGAGGGCGCAACAGAGAAUGCUGCUGGAGCUUUUCUCAAAGGUGACUCCCUACUUCUAUAAGAUCCCCGUGAAUAGGACGAAAGGAGAGGAUGUGUCUGCACUUGAAACAGAACUUAAAGACAAACUCUCUCAGUUCAAUGAGAUCCUCCUCAAGAAGAAGAGCAAGUUUUUUGGAGGGGAUUCAAUAACAAUGAUUGACUACAUGAUGUGGCCAUGGUUUGAGAGGCUGGAGACGAUGAAUCUGAAGCACUGCUUGGACGGCACACCUGAGCUGAAGAAGUGGACCGAGCGCAUGAUGGAGGAUCCCACUGUUAAAGCUACGAUGUUUAGCACAGAAACCUACAUGGUCUUCUACAAGUCCUACAUGGAGGGAAGCCCAAAUUAUGAUUACGGUUUAUAAAUAAAUAAAUCUUGUCUGGUAAAUGAUGCCUUUAUUGUCUGUUAAGCUGUUUAAACAGAUGUUUGCCAUGAAAUACAUUCUUUUAUAAUCUGAUCACAAUUAAUCUGAAAAGAGAAUUUCUUAACUGUUUAUUCAUCCUUCAUGUGACAGGUUUUUGGUGGUGUGUAAAUCUACACUUUAUUCUUAAAAAGCAGAUGUGAAUCUAGUAAGUUCAGUUCAAAAUCUGAACUGAACUUUAUUCUUUAAAUAACAUUGAUUCACCUAUGUCUAUUACACUUUGACAUGAUUAAAGAGUGGACAGCAUUCAGAUUCAGCUUUUGACACAGACAGAGCAGUUGUUGUGUUGAUCUUUAUUUCUGUGGUACUAAAGGUUUAUGGGUUUACAUAUCUAUGGUUGUGUUCCUAACAGUAAAUCUUUUUUUUUAUGUUACUUGAAAUAAAGAUUGUAUUGUUUACGACGUUUUGGCAAUUGCUCACAACGUGUGAUUGAACUGUAUUUGUCUUUGAAUCAUUCAGAUGUUUUUGUUAAACACCUUUAUUUUUCUAUUUCUAGGAAUAAAGCAAAUGAAGUCUGUAUGAGUGAAUCAUUUAACAAUUUAUUCAAGAUGAUCAUUAAAAAAAGCACUCAUUCAUCAAA